AUGAUUUUUCAAUAACUAAAAAUUACUUUGCCUCCUAUUGGUGCUCAAGAAAUAGAGAAAUCAAUAUAGAAAAGAAUGGGAGACUGCUUAGAGACACAAUUAGGAUUCGAAUACGAGCCUUUUACUUUUCAAUAUUUAGAAUUACACCCCGAUUUGGUUACUAUUAAAAAUCAAGUAUAGAAACUUAUAGUUAUAUAUGCAGAAAAUUGAACAUCAUCCCAUUGAAGAUUAAAAACAUGUAUAAACAUCAUUGGGAUGCUUUAGUAAAGAAAACAAGAUACGCAUAUUCUUAUGUGAAAACAUCCAUGUUUUGCAACGAUUGGUGAUUAUAAUGGUGAUUGUAAAUACUAUAGCAUUUUGUUUAUAUGACUAUUAAAUUAGAGAUAGUGUUGAUAAUCUAAGCAGCAGGAACAUAGCUUCAAUAACAAUAGAAACAAUAUGCAAUGCUUUUUUUGGGAUUGAGAUAAUUAUUCAGUGCAUUUGUUACGGCGCAUUUUUUGGGAAAGGAACAUAUCUAAGAAAUAUAUGGAGUUGUCUAAACUUUCUAACUUUUGUUUGCACAUGGUCAAUUUAUUUCGAUUAGUCAAUAACAUUCAUUUAAUUGUUAAGAGUUAUUCGUUUAUUGAGACUGGUGAGGCUUUUGCAAGAAAUUCAAUACUUUCGAGAACGAGUCGAAAGUUUUUUUUCAUGUUUUUUAACAAUUCAUACAAUAAUAAUUCCAGUUGUGAUUGUAAUUUUUGGAUUUUCAGUUAUUGGACUACAUUUAUUAAGAGGAGUUACAGGACGUAGAUGUGCCAAAAACGGAAUAAUUGAUUUGAACAUUAGAAGUCUGUGUGGAGAAUGGGAAUGUCCAGAUGGGUAUAUUUUAUAACAAUAUUAAGUUACGAAUGUAUUGACCAGUUUAAUUCUGAGGAUUUAAAUUAUUUAGACUUUUAUUACGGCUACUAUCAUUUCGAUACCAUUUAUGAUUCAUUUUUAAGUGGAUUCAUGUUUUUCAAUGCAACAGGUUGGUCACCAACGACUUUUUAUUUUUGGAAGGCUGUAACACCUCCUGCUACUGCAAUUUACUUCAUUUUUAUGCUAUUUAUCUUGUAUUUCAAUCAUUUAUACUAGACAUUAUACUUUAUCUGAUCUAUUGUUGGCUACAUUAUAUGAAUCCUUUCUUGUUAGUAGUGCCAUCAAAAAUAGUAUAAAAUCCAAUAAAUCUGAACUAUUUACUUAAAGGAGAAGAACAGUUACGUUAAUUAACAAUUAAAACAAGGCUUAGAUUAAUUUCCACAAACUGCACAUGAUUACCUAAAUUUCAUCAUAAAACAGAGUAAAUUUGGUAGCUCCUGCAGAGAUUUUAAGUAAUGAAACACUGAAGGAAAAAGAGGAAUCUUGUAUUAUUGCUAGAAUUAAAUAAUUUGAUUAGCUCCUUAUCAUUGCCUCUACAGUUGUACUGUGUAUAGAUUAAGUUGAAAAACGUCACCCAAAAGAAUAUUAUGCAGAUAUGAUAAUGAACUUCUUAAUAAUUAUAUUAACGCUCUUAAAAUUGAUAUUUUUUAAGAAAUCAAGACGAAAAUUGUAUAUCAUAGUAGAUGUAAUCCUAUCAAUUUGUUUAAUUGCAGUUAUUAUUCUGGAGUUUUUGAAUUUUCAAAGCAAUGUCUUUAUCAUCAUUAAAGCAUUUAAGGCAUUUAGAGUUAUCAAGUUAAUAUACAAAGUAGAAUACUUUGGAGUUAUUAGGUUGUUGCUUAGAUGUCUAAUAGAAACCAUAAUCAAAAUUCGACAUCUUAUAAUUUUAUGGGUCAUUUUUGCAUUUCUAAUUUCUAUUAUUGGAUAAGAAUUAUUCGCUCAUUAUGUAUAAGGAUCCACUGAAAUUGAAAUACAUUUUAAUGGGAUUGGGAAUUCCUUAAUGGCUGUAUUUAACAUCUUUUACGCAGAAGAAUGGCAUGUAACAAUGUAUCAACAUGCAUUGUAUAAGCCAGUAUCAUCCUUCAUCUUUUUUUUAAUUGUGUUCUUUUUGAGUCAUACUCUUUUUAUGAGAUUAUUACGAGCUUUGUUCUUAAAUGAAUUUGGAAAGAAGUUAAAUGAAUUAGAUCAGAAAUACCCACAAACCGACUAUUUAUAAAGAGCUUGGCAGUACAUAAAAACAUCCUGGUUCUAGUAAGAAUCAGCUUAAUCUUCUUCUUAGUCUCAGAACGAGGAUGAUUCAAAAGCCCCUCUUUAAGAGAUCAGUCAAAAGGGAAUUCCGGUUAAGCCUAAUAACAGUUAAAACAAAGGUUAAAUUUAUCGAAGAUUAGUUGAACACAAGUUAUUUAGAAUUUGCCUUUUGUUAGUCGUAGGUUUAAGUGCUGUGAAAAGUGCUGUACAAAAUCCUCUUACAGAUCCUCAUAGUCAAGAAAAGGUAAUUAAACUACAUAAUUUUUAGAUGAUUUUGGAUGUAAUUCAAUAUGUUACCACAGCAAUCUUCAUGAUUGAACUUAUUCUUAAUUGCGUGGCCUAUGGGAUCAUUAAAUUCAUUAGUUAAUCGUUUCUUAACAUCUUGUCCAUAAUAAAUAUUAUAGUGAAUAUCAUCUCUAUAGGAUUGGGAAAUCCUCCUCUGUUUAUUUUGACUCUAUUCGACUCUCUAAGAGUGCUUUCAUUUUUAAAAACAGGCGCAGAUUAAUACCCUAUUUUAAAAUAAGCACUACAAGCAUUAUUUAAUGCUUUUACUAAGAUGAUUUAGUUGGCUCUAUUUAGUCUUCUCAUACUAUUAAUGUACAGCUUAAUUGGAAUGCAAUUAUUAAAUGAUUAAUUCUAUUAUUGCAGCCUUCCAGAUGGCAAUGCAUCAGAAUUACAUUUAAAAUCUAAGAUCGAUUGCUUUGACAUAGGAGGGAGUUGGAUAAAUCGAAAUCUAAAUUUCGACACUUUAUUUGAAUCAAUAAAUCUCUUAUUUUGUGUUGCCACAUCAGAAGAAUGGAUUCCAUUGAUGUCACCUGCAUGGAAUGCUGCAGGGAUUGAUAAACAACCACAUCAUUACACCAACAGAUAUUGGUCAAUAUAUUAUCAACUGUUUUUCUUUAUUGGCAAUACUUUAGUGUUGGGAAUGUUUGUCACUUUAGUUGUCGAAACCUACAUAAAAACUAGAGAAGAAUCACGUAUAGAUAUUGUUUAUAUUUAUAAAUAGAGAAUCUACAUUUAUUGGAUGACAAAUAAAGAGAAUGGUUUCAGAUUAAGGAGUAAAUAUUACAUUUGAAACCAAAGAAGAAAUUUAAGCCACCCACUAUAUUUAUUUUAAAUAUCCUAUAUAGGUUAAAUUAAUAUUUGUAGAUUCCAUUUUUAAUCGUUAUAUUAAGCAACAUCAUUAUAUUGAGUUUAUACUAUGCAAGAAUGGAAGCAGAAUAUGAAUAAGCCUUGGAUUAAGUCAAUUAGGUCUUUAUCUUUAUUCAACUAUUUGAAAUACUAAUAACCACAGUAUAGGUCACGGAUUACAAGUUUAAAAUUUAUGAAAUUUGUGGAAUACUCUUAAGUUUUGUUUCUAGCUUUUUAGACUAUCAUAUUCUCCAUGUGGUUUCAGUGGCAUUCCAAGUUACUAGAAUUUACAAGCUAACUUAACAUUUCAAGACAAUUCAGCAUUUGUUCCAUGCCAUAUUUGCUGUGUUACCUAAUACAGCCUCAAUGCUUUUGAUUAUGCUAGUAGUCUUAUAUUGUUACACUAUUGUCUCUUGUGAUUUAUUUGCUUACUUGCGUCCUUAAUCAUCAGUCAAUGGAUUUGAUAUGCACUUUAGGGAUUUCUGGGGUGCCCUAAUGACUCUAAUUAAAGUAUCGACAGGUGAGAAAUGGUGGAUUGUAAUGCAGGAAACUACAUUGGAAUAAUCGCCAGCUGUAGCCUGCAUAAAUAUUGAAUCUUAUGAAGAAUUUCAAGAGAUUGGAUUUAAUGGGUGUGGGUCAAACCUUUCUUACCCAUUUUUUAUUUCAUUUAUUCUUGUAUUCUCACUAAUGAUUUUGAAUCUCUUGGUUGCAAACAUCUUAGGAGCAUAUGAACAAUAUCAUAAAAGUGAAUAGAGUGCCAUAUCCAAAUAUUAAUUACUAGAUGUGAUGGAAUUGUGGUCAUAGUUUGAUGAGGAUGGAGAAGGAUUCAUAAGUUAUAAACUCUUUUGGAGGUUGUCAUCUUAAAUAGCUAUAAUCUUUGGUCUAGAAUAGUCAGAUUUGUUGGAUGUCAACAAUAAGAAGAAGUUCUUAAAGGCUUUGAAGAUUCCAAUUUAUGAAUUAGUAGACUCGAAUGUCCUUUGCUACCGAUUUCAUGAUGUGAUUGUGAGUUUGACAAGGAUAUCUGUGACCAUCAAAUACGGAGUGGUUAAUUUGGAACCUGUAGAUAAAGAUAUCCAUUAAAAGGUCUAUGGUAAUAAAUAUUCUCAAGUGGAACCCAAGUUUAGAGAAACAACACUGAAUAGUGGAGAUAUGGUAUAUAUUCAUCACUAUUAUCUUAGGUGUCUAUUAUCUUUAUUUAGCAGAAGUUUAGGGAAUGGAAGCAGAGAUCUCUUUUAAAAAAUACCAUUAUUUUAGGUGGAAUUGGAGACUAUCGUAGUUUAAUCAAAAUUAAAUCAAAAACACUAAGUGAAAAAAUACAUUAAUAGAUGAAUAAUGAAAAUUGA